AGUUUGAUUUUGAUUGAAUCGAUCCCAGCAAAGAGUGUUUAAAUUCUCUUUGCCCGUACCAGUGUGAAUUAAAUGUGAAUGUGAAAGUUUAAAUUUGUUUUUAUUUUGCCUAAUUUCAAUUUAUAUUUAAUACAGAAUACUAGUGUGUGAACUGAAAGCAAGCUAGCUAACUGUAACUCAAGAUUGAAUUUUAAAACUUAUUUAUUUUGAUAUUUAAAAUGAGUAACCAUCGCGAGCCAACUGUUGUGGGUGUUGCCAACUUCAAUGCUGUAGAAGAUGCAGCCGCAUUGAGAGCUGCAAUGAAAGGUCUUGGCACAGAUGAAGAUGCUAUAAUUGAGAUCCUGACUACACGGUCUAAUGUUCAAAGACAAGCUAUUGCUAAAGCAUUUACUCAUGAGUAUGGAAGAGAUAUCAUUGAAGACUUGAAGUCGGAGUUAGGGGGCCACUUUGAAGAUGUUAUAGUAGCUUUGAUGUUACCCCCUGCUGAGUAUAUGUGCAAGGAGCUUCAUCAUUGCAUGGAAGGUUUAGGUACCGACGAGAAAGUGCUGGUUGAGAUACUUUGUACUCGCACCAAAAGAGAAAUAGCUGAAAUUGUCCAGACCUAUGAAAAUUUGUACAACCGCCCCCUUGCCGAGCACAUGUGCUCCGAGACAUCGGGACAUUUCAGAAGGCUUCUUACUCUCAUUGUUACAUGUUCUGGUCAGGGCGCCCGCGAUGAGGAGAGCGGGGCGGACGAGAGCCGCGCGGCCGAGGCGGCGCAGCAGCUGUUCGACGCGGGCGAGGGCAAGUGGGGCACCGACGAGGAGAUCUUCAACAAGAUAUUGGCACACGAGAGUUUCGCUCAGCUCCGCUUGAUAUUUGAAGCGUAUAAGAACAUAGCGGGCCGCACCAUCGAGCAGGCCAUUAAGGCGGAGAUCUCCGGGGAACUCAGUGAGGCGCUGUCGGCCAUCGUGGAAUGUGUGGAGAACGCUUCAGCUUGGUUCGCGCGAAGGCUACGCGAUGCCAUGCAGGGUCUCGGAACAGACGACAGAACCCUCAUCAGGAUCAUCGUCUCGCGGAGCGAGGUCGACCUCGGCGCCAUCAAGCGGGAGUACGAGACCAUCUACGAUAAGACUCUGCUCAGUGAAGUGCGGCAGGGCGAGACGUCCGGCGACUACAGGAAAGCUCUCGUCGCACUUCUGGGGCCGGCCUAAGACCACUGAUGACGUGUCACCAAUGAAACUGUAGCGCUUAUAUUUAAAAUAAUUUAUUUUUGUAUGUUGUGUCUCCGCACUUGAAUUGCAGCUAUUGUUAAAUGUCUAUUUCUCAGUGAUUUACAAAUGUAAUUUAGAAAAUGUCGACAUAUUAUGUAGUGAGAAAAUAACCUAUUUUAUUAUUAACUUUGCAUUACAAGUUGAUGGUUCUUUAGUAUUAUUUCAAUAAUUAUGCUUUAUUAUAAGUUUUUACGCAAGAUUUAUCUUCUAGAACAAAGAAUCUCUAUAUAUUAUGUAUUAUUAAAAAUUGUUACAGCCACAUUCAUAUUUUAUUGUUAUUGAAAAGUGUUAUAUGUGAACGAAAAACAACACAUUAAUUAUAUUAAAGUUCAAAGAUAUGCCGCGGACACGCUACGUGUGUUGCGAGUGUUCAUAUUUAAAAAAACAUGUGCCUUAUUACCUAUUAAUACCACAGCAGCACUUGCUUUAGUACCUGAAGUAGAAUCAACCUUACAACUAAUUUUUAACAAUUUAAAGAACUGUAACUUCAGAUGAUACACUGAAAUGAUUCAAAGAAUGUUGUGUAUUUAUAUUAUUAGCCGUAAGAAGUGUCUUUUAUGGGACCCACAUGCUCGAAUUUCAAAAUACUUUAAUAGUGCCUUUCAACUAGGAUUCUAUUUCAACCAAUACUACUUUAGAAAUUUAAUUUCUAAACUUUAUUAUUCGCGAUGAAUUUCGUCGUUAGUUGUUAAAAUAUAUAAUAUUUUGAUUUGAUAGUUAUGUCGGCACAGUUACAUUGAUCUAUGUUUAAUGUAUUUGUAAUAUAAAUACAUUAAACAUUAAUCCGGAACACGAUGUACUGACUCUGCACCUAUUUCUGCCACAAAAUAAUAAUAGUGAACUUGAACUUAAAAAAUAAACCACGGCAAAAACCGUGGGAUAAUUUUAAAAAAUAGCAAAACAUUAACAAAGUAUACAAGAAAACCAACCAUUCUAGAUUUCCCGAUCUGUUUUUGUUAAAAACUAUUGUUGGAUAAUUAUAUUGUGUCACGGGCAGGUGGUGCUAUGAUAUUAGUUGUGUCAAUUCAUCCUGUCACAUGCCUACUCCUAUAUCAAAAAAAUCCUAUAAAAAAAAUAAACUUUUAAACUUCUUACAAUUUGUCCAGGAUCAUGGUCAUGUUUUCCGGAAAAUUAUUAGUAUUAUUGAGAUUAUUACAAUAAUUAAAAUAUACAAUAUUAAUUAUAACACAAUUAAGAUUAACAUUAAAAUUAGUUUAGAUUUGCUAAAAGACGAUUGCAUCAUUCCAUUUCUGUUUUAUUCGGCUGUUAUUGUCGUGUCUGCUUUAAAAUUUAUAUUAAAUAUAUAAUUAUUAAUAAAUGGUGUGCGUUAA